GCUAUCAGGAUGCGUCAGUGUAUUCAAUGGUGUAUUGUGAGAGGAUUGUAAAAGCCUUGCCUAUCAGUGGAUUUUGCCUUUCUAGUGGAGUUUUGCAAACUUUUCUAAAAUGGUGGUUUACACUCUAGUCAAAUCUGGACUACUUUGCCUGGCUUAUUUGUUAAUUUUCACGGAAAAUGUCUAUGCGGGGAACCCUCUGAUAUCUGCCCAGUGCCGCGCAAGGUGCUUGGUCGACGCUUGGAAACAUAAGCAAGCAACUGGUAAAACAAACAACAGAAUAACAGUAGAAAAAUGUUUAAAGAAUAAUAGAUGUCAAGCGUGCGAGCGGCCAUGUGGGUACCAGUUAGAUACCUUCGAUCAUUGCCAAACAUUAUGUCGGGAAAAUGAAGACCAGUGUAUUGAGUCUUGUCAUUUCCUCGAGAGCAUCUACCUCCAUAAAGCUGGAGAGUGCCUCCCGCCCGAUCAGGUGGCCGGGUUCGACGCGGCCUGCGUGGAAGCCUGCGAUAAAGAUGGCGACUGUCCAGAGUUAAAGAAGUGUUGUUCGAAUGGAUGUGGUCGUACUUGCCAAAGACCUGUCCUAGAUUUAAUAAAUCUUCCAACCAUUGCCAGCCGCCCAAGAAUCAUAGAAAGACGUAAAAGCAUGUCGAAGACGGUGGACCUGGAAUGGGUGGAUGUUGGAAACUAUUCUGAACCAGUCUUAUAUGUAGUCGAAGCCAAAUGGCAUGCAGGGAAGGACUUCAAUGAGGAGUUCAUGACUGAUUGGGUGCAGAUUGCUCUGACAACUCGUCCUAUAGCCACAGUCCGAGAAGUUGACGCGGGCAAAUGGUACAUGUUCCGCGUAGCUGCCGUCAGUAUCAACGGUAGCAUGGGGUUCUCACCGUCGACGGACCCUUUCCAACUCUCUGAAGGUAAAGAACCUCGGGUGCCAAGCCCACCCCAAAAUCUCUCAGAGGAUGUGACGACAAUACACGAUGGAGGAGUCGAUGUCAAAAUAAAAUGGCAGCCACCGGCCAAAACAGAUUUACCAGUUGAUAAAUAUAAGGUAUUUUGGAGUAAGCGUCUGAAGGGUGUGACAGCAUCGCUCACUUUUAUAGAACAGUUCAAGAAGGUCGUAGACGGGACUGAGCUGACAUUCACUUUAAAGAACUUGGAGCCAGACGCGACAUAUUUUGUCCAGGUGCAGGCUGUGUGCCACUAUGAUGAAGAGAGACUAAGAAGUGACAGUGCUUCCACAUACAUCUUAACACCACCAGUAUUCCAAAACACACAACAUGCAUCACCACCACCUGUAGACUUUGCCAAGGUUGGUCCCACGCCGGGUCCUCUGAGAAAUGUAACGGUGGGAAAACCAUACUUCCAGAACGGUUUAUUGAAAGCGACAGUGUUCUGGUUAAAGCCUUUAGGUUUUGCAAAAGAUGUUGACAAAUAUCUCUUGCAUUGGACCCCCGAGGUCUGCUUAGCCGACGUAAAAAAUAAUGACGAGCCUUACUCGAGGACGAUAUCGGCCACGACACAUGCCACGGAGUUGGAGAAUGAAAAAUUUGAUGUGUACGACCUUCGUUUUGACUGUCGCUACAACGUCAAGGUGGAGCCAGUGAAUAGUAACGGUAUCCAAGGCCCCGUGUCACAUGUUCAGUUCUAUACACCAUCUUGUACAGACGUCUUAGUGGUGGGGAAGACGCAGCCAGACUGCCCUACGAAUGCACCCAAUGUACCUCAGCAGCCAGUAGACCUUGUCUCAAAGUUCCUCAUCACGAAUCGCAACAUCACUGCGCUGAUCACGUGGAAAGAGCCGUACUCGGACCGACCGAUCACGGGAUACCGGAUCGUCUGGGGAUCCCGGUUAGAGGAGCCGUCGGGGUUCCCCUCAUUUCAUAACAGAGAUUUGCCAAUCAUAGAUAAAAAUACUGAAUUAACCAAAGUUAUUCCAAGGAGUACAAGGCAGUUCAGUAUACCUAUGCUAAAGGAAGGCACAGACUAUAUGGUGCAAGUCCAGGCCAUGUCAGACAUCGGUCCGGGCACGAAGGAGCAGGUUUACUUCACGACGCCGCAACUGACUCUGUUCAAAGUCGGGAGGAGUCGAGAUCCUAUAGAGGGAGAUGACAACACAGCAGAGGACAAUGUAUACCGUCACCUCGAGACGAAAGACCCUGUAAAAGAGGGCACCUCUGCAGCUACCAAGUCAACAGGGUCAAUAGCGUGCUUUCUUUUCCCACUACUAAUAAGCAUAGUAACUUUAUAAAACUUCUUGAGGCGGAUGUGAGAGAGAAGGUCUCGGUGUCUGGGGUGAUAAAAGAGUUCAUUUGCUGGUAAUGUGCCUAAAUCAUCAUAGAUUCAAGCCAGUAAUAAUUUUCCAGUUUGCCAGUGACGGCAUGAACUAAGAAUAAGUCAAGCAGCAUAUCGGUCCUGAUAAAGUCAUUGGUCCAAUAUGAAAUUAACAUUCUUCUUCGUGAGAAUGACCCGCAUGAUUUCGCAGUAGAAUUGGGUCUUGAUUAGAAACUUGUCCUUUUUCACUCGGGUCAAAUCAAGAGUAAUCCCUUAGUGCUCAUUUUUUACUCAACAGAAAUUUCGAAACUAUCAACCGAGCAAAAACGAUUAUGGUCUUUGUCACCCUAGACACCACCUGUAGGUCCGCCACUGACUUGUUGAUUAUUUGUUUGACUUGGUUACUAUGACGACAGCUCGUUUGGUGGCGUUCUGGAUACUUUGUGAUAUUUAUUCAACUGAUAAGAUAUUUUUGUACAUGACUUUAGUCCAACUGAGUAUUAAUGAAACCAUGAAGUGCAUGGCUAUGUGGUAUCAACGGUAAGCAUAACGGUAACCUUGGUUUUGUGGUUUGUCAUGGUAACUACAUGGUUACCAUGGUGAAAUUGCAAGGUUACCUUUAGUAAAUGUAUGGUUGCCAUGGAGAUUUUAUGGUUGGUGAUUGUAUGGUAACAAUGCAUGGUUGCCGGGAUGAGUUUCUUCAUAACCAUGGUUACCAUGGUGAAAUGUAUAUGGUUGCUAUCCUGAAUCACAUGGUUAUGGUUACUAGGUUAAGGUAAACAGGACACGGACGGUAUUUGCAAUUAAUAAACUGAUGGUGUAACUAUUUGUGCAAUCUUGUGGUGAGCCAUUGUUGUAUCAGUGAAUUAACCAUUUUACUGGUGCCCCCUGUCACAUGAGGAAAAAAUGAAUCUUGAAAAAGAAAUGUUUUUGAAACCCCGAUGAACAACCACCAGAACCGUUGCAGUGUGGAGAAAAACUUCUAGAACACAUUUAGUUCUUGCGGUGAUUGGCUUCUACUAAAAGUGGGAUUCACGGCACUGCUGGGUAUACAGCCAGUUCUGUGACUGCUUAUAUGCAGUACAACCAUGGUUAGGCAAGGGUUAAUGCAUGAAUGCUAGUGAUGGUUAGGAACCUUAACCUGCAUGUGAUUUGAUGCAACACUGGCUCACCAAUUAUGGCCAGUUAAAUAUUGCUGGUUCAAUGUCAUUUGUAGGUUGAUUCGGGUCAUGUCGGGUAAUAUGCAGACCCAAUGGGUAUUCAAUUAAAUUCAAACAAAAUUCAAUUAAAUUGAUACUGAUUAUGUUAAUAGCAAACAGAGCACAAUCAAGACACUAUUUGAGAUAUUCUGGGAGGAUCGAAAUGUAGUGAAGAAUGAAAAUCAUGACUAAAUCUCCAUAUUUUCAGUGUGUUUGUUAUUGACUGCUGUAAAAUCAGCCGAAAUAACUAUAAUGCAUUUUGACACAGUGUACAUGUGUAGGCCACAUAAUGUAGUAAAUAGUAUUUACCAAAUGUGAGUUGUGUGAGGAUGAGGAUAUCACCAGUUUGUUUGUAAAGUUGUACAAGAUUUGUAAAAAGUGUAUUCCAAGUUAGAUUUUAGAAAAUUGUUCAUCAGAUUCAGGAUGUUUUAGAUGUCUUUUCAAUGGCGUGUAUAAACUCUAAAGUCCCUAAGUGUCAAAAUAUAUCCCUAGGAAAGGAUUUGCCCUAUAUUAUUGGCAAGUGGGGUGACUUCAUUACUGUUAAUGAUGCAUAUUCUGAGACUUUCAACCCGUGUUUAGAAUUGAAAAUUUUCUCAGUGGUCAUAAUUGUUUUGAGGCAGUAACAUUUCUGUCGGAAAUCUGAUGAUGAAAUUUUAAUUUGCGUUUUUAGAAUGGCUUAUGUGCCAUGAAUAUUUAUUUUAGUGUAGUGAAUCUGUUGUUUUAUUUAAAUACAUCGGUCUGAGCUUUAAAGGCCUAUGUCAUUUGUUAAAAAUUUGAAAUUGAAUUUGAAAAUUUCCAAUUACAUAAAUGUGUACUGAAUAUAAAUUUCAACAUUGUCGGUGCAUGUCGGCAUGAAUACAAUUAUCAAAUUGCACUACGGCACUUCAUAUAAGUGUAUUUCUAUUUUCCUGGACCACUAGAUUGUACAAAUGGCGUAUCCUUUUAUUGGUUAUCCGGCAUUUUAAUUAUUUUCUUUUUUCGUUGUGCCAUAUGAUCUAAACACAAAACUAUAGUCCAUUGUCUAACCAGUUACCUCUCGUUAUCAGAUAAAGUGCAAACAUCUCGGGAUCUCUGGUCUUUGCUCUGCGGCACACAGAGGCCUCGCUCAGCGGCACACGUAGGCCUACCAGUCAGUUAAGAGAACCAAGAUCCUUGUUGUGGUCUUAGUUCCGUGCUCAAAACGUCUCGAUCGUGUUGAUUGGUGUUGGAUGUAACUUUACGGAAGUGCUCAUCUGUUCGGCAUAUAAAGAUAUCAUGGCUUUAGGGGCAUAGUUCCGUCACCUUCCGAUGUGAUUAUAAAGGUCAACACGUAGCAAAAUACUUUUUUCUUCCAGCAUGAAAAUGUUUUUUAAAUAUGGCGAUGCAAAAAAAUUGUGUGAAAUGUUUAUAUCAUUGUCAACUCUUUCACACUACGCUACAUGUAGGAUCGCCGAAUAUUACUUUGAGGACUCAAAAGUAACACUAUGCUCGCCAAAAGUCGGCAUAUUUCUCAAAUUUUGUACAGUUUUGGAUGUGCAUUCGGAUCAGUGCAGACAAGCAGUAACCAGGUAUACUUAUUCAUGUGCAUGCGCAACUUGAUAUGAAAUAUGGGAAUUGUUUUCAAACUUCUGCCAGCUAAACACAGUGCUGAUUUAGCCGUCAAAGGCUCCCGGUGUUGCACAAGUUCCGUGACUGUUUCUUCAGUCAAUUUAGCUCUAGUUCCAUUGUAUAAAUCAGGCGAUCAGUUCAUAUUCAUGGUGUUACUGCAAUCAGUGUUUAUAGCCAAAUGUGGUAGUGCACAAUACAGUGAUAAUAUGGUAAUUAAUUGUUAAAUCUUAAAUUCUUGAGGGAUCGUGAGCAACUUUAAUGAUAUAUCUCCCACUAAGUGUCUCAAUCAUUUGUAUAGGAACAAUGCCUUCGAUCACUGUUUUGACGAUUGUAAUGCAGUAUUGGGCAAUUGGAAGUAAAUAUAGGGGCUCAAACCCCAGUCGUAGUUGACUUGGACACCUCUGUAAUGUGUUACCUUCACUGAUAAUUUGUUUUGGGUUUUAACCAUUUCACCACAGUAGACUGCAGUUCUAGUCCAGUGGGUGAUGAAGCAAUUGCUACGGUCGACGUCAAUUACGGAACGACGCGUUACGUAAUGUAAGUACACUUCGUCAUCGCUGUGAAUGACGCUGUGGAGAGCCGUAGCCAACUGAUUAACGUCUUUUAUAGAAGUGGUUGAAAAUAAAUAAGUAUGAGUGACAUAUAUAAGGUGUAUCUGAGGAAUGUGUGCCACUGUAUGGGCAGGGGGGCUUUCACCAUUAUGUAUGAGAGGUUAUAUAGUACAUGAUUUGUUGAAAAAUAUCAAUGGUACCUUAUAUUCUCGUGUUUAUAGUAUUCACACAUAUAUGAAUGAUUUCAUUGUCUGCAUGUGAUGUUUAUAACCGGAAAAAUAGAGGGAUUAACCCUCAAUGUUCCAAUGCCAUGGAAUUAUGAAAAAUAUGCAAUUUUGUGCUGCCGUUUUGAUUGCGAUUCUUCUUAAUGUAGUGGCUUCUAAAUGUGAGAAAUGUCACUCUUUUUUCUGACUUAACUUGAACCACGAGAUGUAUAUUUGGUUCAACCCUUUUUGGAAUGGAUGGUCAUUGAACAAGAAUUCUCACAGCAAUGUAGACUGAUGCUAUAACCCAGAAAUGUUGUUCAAAUUAUCAAUUAACUUCAAAGCCAAAACGUCAUCGCAGAGAAUUGUCUAUCAUUUGGCCCAGAUCAGUGUAUUCUGAUAUUGAAGCCUGAGCUGGUCUUGUAUUUUGGCUGCAUGAUGACCUUCAGUUUCAAGGGUUAAUGUAAAAAUCGGUCAAAGCUUUACUUGUGCAUCAUUUCACACUUAGUUGUACAUCAGAUGCUGCACACUAAAUUGCACUUAGAAUACUAUUGAAUUUGCAUGGAUGAGCCUCAGACUUUCUAAUUAAUUUCUGUGUGAAAUGUUAGCUUGGCCCAAGACAGCAACUGAUAUAAGUUCUUUUCACUUUUUGUGCAAUCUUUAAAUUCACACUCUAUCUAGAAUUUCCAUAUAGCUUCUUGCAUUUUUGGAUUAGAAAUAUAAACAUUUCCUGGACGUUAUAAAUUUGGUGACAUAGUGUUAGGUUAAACUAAUGAGGGCGCCACCCAACAAGCUGUCGCGAGUAAUUACACAGUGCCAUCUUGUGCCUGUCAAUGGAACUAAUUUGUACAUGUAUUUGGUCAUUUGUUGUUUUUACGAAAUGUGUAUAUAUUUUUGUAAAUAAGCGAGUUAUAAAGAUCAUGGUGCCGAAAGUUCAGCGCUAACACUGCAUUUAUUAUGAACAUGGAUAUAAAGUACAACAUGAAUAGCUAGCAGGAUUUGUGUAGUUUUUCCGCUUAGAAAAUGUCUGAAUUCUUUAAACAUCGUAAUAUGAAGCUCCACAUUUUUGGCAGCCACUGCUCCAUGUUGAUUUGACAAAUUUAGUCUGGUGAAAUAGCACCAAACCAACUUCAACUAAAGCUGAGCAUGAGGUAUUUAAGUACGCUAGCAAACUACCCAUCAUGCGGGUGGGUUGAAAACAUGUACUGUGUGGUCUUCAAACUUGAAUUCAGUGAUACUGUUUACCCAUACGCUCAUUCGACACAUUUGAAACUUUUAAAGAAUUCAGGUGUUUUCUGUACGUUUUACACCUGUGUCACACUGUGCACAACUAAGAAUAGUAUUAGUUAGGUUUUUCAUGCAAUAUGUUUAAUAAAUGACACAACUAACCUCUAAGGACUCCGAGCAGUUUUGUCAUAAAAAUAUGAAAAAUAUGGGGUUUUUCGAGAUUUUCAGACAGAAUCUGUCUCUCUAUAGUUAGACUGUGUUGCGCUAAGAAUUCACCCAAAAGCACUUUUGAGUCCUUCUAACUUAUUUCGUGAGUAAAUCUUAGACUCAAGGACAUGGCAGAUAUCUUGCUGGUCUUAGUCUGGCGUUAGAUAUUUGUCAAUAUUUCGUGCAUGUUAAUAGCACUAUAGGGCCAUCUAAAGUUUGUACACCCCAUGUAUUGAAAAUACAUAGCUUUUAUUUACUAUUUCUUGUAUCAUAGGUUCAAACAUCUGCAUUUUUGGGUUAAACUUGCCUAUUUGGGUGUGCGGACAAAACAGGUGGCCCUUCGUAGAGUUUUUUAACACGCCUAGUGAAAUAGUGGCAAUAUGUUCAUAAUGUUCUACUAUUUUGAAAUGUUCGGUUUGUGUCAAUAAAAUGCAAUUUCAUCAGGGAUUAUUUAAAUCUUGUGCCCGGUAGCCAGGCACUGCUAACUAGGCAAUGCUGUAGUCAUAGUGACUGUUACUAGGCAAAUGCUCUAACCAUGGCAACCAUUACAACGAAUAGGAAUUGUGAUCAGUCAUAUUCCUUGGAUCACUAGUUGUCAUAGCAACCACAGUAAACAGAAAAUAUCAGCUUUAUAUAGUAAAUAUUGUUUAUAUGCUACUAAUACACCGUUAAUUGUGCAAUGCCAGUUAACAUGCAGACUAACUAGCAAGUGUUGAAAGUAACUGGUUCAUAUAAUACUUUAAAUUGGGAUCUGAGUGGUUAGCCUUUGAUGCAUUUAGAGCAAAACAUGAGAUGGUAUUUAUGAUGAUAUAUCUUUAGCUAAGUUUGAAUAACAAUUUCGUUCAAGAAAUACCAAUAUACUCUGAACUUAGCUUUAGCCUGAUCGCGCGUGCUUCUUUGGCUUCUGAUAUUUCAUAUUUGGCAUGUUCUCGAUAAAGCAGGGUGCAUACGUUGAUUUUAGUAAAGCAGGGCAUGCACACAACUUGAUUUUCAGUACAGCAGAGGACAUCAAAUUUUUACGUUAACUUUCUCUCUGUAAAGCAGGGUGCACCCCUUGAUUUUCUAUACAGCAUACACAGGGCACACCUUGAUUCGCGAUAAAACCAGAUGCAUACCUUUGAUUCUAAGAAGGCCAUGCUCAUACACUGAUUUACCAGGUGUGCUGGGUCUGUUGUACCAUACAAUGGCUGAAAAAAAUUAACAAGUUUGAUUUUGUCUCCUAGACAAUGUCAGUUAAUUGCUAGGUAUGCACCCUGCUUUAGUAUUUGCCUGAACUGUUAUUGGAACCGUUGAUUGAUAACUCAAGAAUUCAGUCAUGUAUAUUUCACAUAUUACAGAAUCUUUUAUAAAAAUAGGGUCUGCAUGUGGACUGUUAUUAGGUGUCUGUAUUAUGAUGUAAAGAGUUGUCUAUUGGUUUAUGUGCUACAGCGUGAGACCUAAAUGGGGAUGAGGAAACGAAUAACACAGAGCAGGAGGUGGACAUGAUGAGGUGUUUGGUCGUUUUGCCCCACUAAACUUUUCACUCCACGGUUGUUAAGCUCUUCUGUGGCCUGACUUACGUUUUAAAAGCAUUGUAUUUGCUGUAUUUCUAAUGAUAUAUAUCCAAGAGGGUAUCCUUGUGGUGGUUUGAUUUUAUUUCAUUAGAGAUUUAUAAGCAAACGUAAGAAUUGUCAGAUUUAAUACUGUCAUUGACAGUUUUCACAUUUUUUUGGACUUCAAAGUCACUUUUUGACAACAUGCUCUCCACUUCGGUGAUAUCAAAUUCUAGCACUCCAAAGAAGGGAAAAUACUAUGGGACUGAUGCUAAUAAUAACUGUGGGGCAAAACGACCACAAUUCACAUGUUUAUGAUGCAUGUAUGGGAAUAUGAAUAUGUUUUCUUGGCCUUCACAUGCUCUGUUAGAUAGGACUAGGCCAAGGUAUUGUGCAUCUGGGAGGGUUGAGGGGUGAUACAUGUAGGCUAAGGUAAGGUGAUACAAUAAUAGCCCAUUUGUGUAUCACUGUGUACUGCCAGGUGUUUUCUACAUGGCUCGAUGUCAUUGUACCAGGGCUAUAUUGUGCCACUUUAUCUUACUUGAAUGGUCUUAGCUGUACAUGUAUGGAACUUCACUGUAAAUGGUCAUUCUGUAGUUGUUCAAAGGAAUAUUACACGUUUCAUAAGAAAAUAAAUUUUGUACAUUUCUUCUA